GAUAUUUUUUCAGGUACAUAUUAUUGGUAAUGAUUUGUUUCACAAUUAUUUUUUACACGUUACUGGCGCGAAACCUAUCAAAAAAAGCUCCAACUGAAGAUUUAAAUUUACUCAACAAAGUGCUAACUCAUUCCAUUACCACUGAAGCAAGCAGUAUUGUCGUCAAGAAUGCUACUGUGGUACUUGAGGAUAAAACAAUAUUGUAUUAUCUGGAGGCGAAACCACCACCCAAAAUAAAAUAUCGCGGGAAUCUCUUAUACUUGCACGGAGCUGCAUAUUCUUCUCAUGACUGGAAUGCAAACAAGCCUUCUAUUAUGCAACUUACUGCUGCUGCCGGAUAUCGAACUAUUGCCAUCGAUUUACCCGGCUUCAGUCAUAGUCGGACCAAAAGUUCGGUAUCAAAUGAUCCUUCCACAUUCAUGUCGUUAGUAAUGAAGAGCUUAAAUAUCCAUAAGCCAAUUAUCAUAAGCCCUUCUGCAAGUGGAAGUUAUUCCGUCCCUUAUGUACUCAGUAAUCCCAAUAAAAUUAGUGGUUUCGUCCCAGUAGCGCCAUGUUGUGUUCGUAAUGAUGGUUGGGAGAAUUUCACGGUACCUACACUCAUAAUCUACGGUAGCCGAGAUACAGCGUCAGUUUCAAUGGGGCUGCUUAGCAUUCCGAACAAGAAUCUAUCAAUCAUUCCGGAUGCGCCGCAUGCUGCGUAUAUCAAAAAACCAAUUGACUUCGUAACUGCUUUGAUCAAUUUUUUGUUUACCAUUCAUCCUCUCUGA